ACAACGCGAGGUGAAACUGUCCACAUGUUCGCCGAACAUGCCUUUAUUUUGACGGUAACGAUAAUCUGAACUGAUAUAUCCAAUUAAAGUGGGUUAGUAUACAACGACAUUGUUUACAGCGCAAACGCAUUCUGCAUGAAAAAGGUAUUUAAGCAUGGGGCACGCAAGCCUUGACAAGAUCAAAACACUCCAGAGAAACCCCACCAGCAUUAGAAACCUAUGUAUUCUGGCUCAUGUUGACCAUGGCAAGACUACUCUGGCUGACUGUUUAGUGGCAAGCAAUGGUAUCAUUUCAAGUCGCCUUGCUGGGAAGCUGAGGUACCUGGACAGCAGGGAAGAUGAACAGAUCAGAGGAAUCACCAUGAAGUCUAGUGCAAUCUCUCUCCACUAUUCAAGUGGUGAGAACGAGUACCUGUUAAAUCUGAUUGACUCACCUGGCCACGUUGACUUCUCUUCAGAGGUGUCGACAGCUGUUCGGCUGUGUGAUGGAGCCAUUGUCAUUGUUGAUGCUGUGGAAGGGGUGUGCCCACAGACCCAGGCUGUGCUGCGUCAGGCCUGGCUGGAGAAAAUCCGACCUGUACUGGUUGUUAACAAGAUUGACAGACUCAUUGUGGAGCUCAAGCUCACUUCUCAGGAAGCAUACACACACCUUCAGAAAAUUUUGGAGCAGGUGAAUGCCGUUACAGGGACGCUGUUCACAUCCAAAGUUCUUGAGGAGCGAGCAGAGAAAGAGAAGGAGGAGCGAGAGAGCGAGGUCCCCGGGGGGCCAGCGGAGGGCCCUGUAGGAGAGCAGGUGUAUGACUGGAGCGCUGGGCUGGAGGAGACAGAUGACUCUCACCUCUACUUCUCACCUGACCAAGGCAACGUGGUCUUCGCCAGUGCCAUAGAUGGAUGGGGAUUCAGGAUCCAGCAGUUUGCUCAUAUCUACAGCCAGAGGAUGGGCAUUAGAGCCGAGGUGCUGCUCAAGACAUUGUGGGGAGAUUUUUAUCUCAAUGCCAAGGCCAAGAAGAUCAUGAAGGGUGCUCAGGCCAAAGGGAAAAAGCCUCUCUUUGUGCAGCUCGUCCUGGACAACAUUUGGAGUUUAUAUGACGCUGUUGUCACUAGAAGAGACAAAGAGAAGGUGGAGAAAAUGAUGGCAUCGCUCGAAGUGAAGGUGAUGGCCAGGGACCUUCGACACUCGGACCCCAAAGUCCUCCUGUCUUCUAUCUGUAGCCAGUGGCUGCCUGUUUCACAGGCUGUGCUCUCCAUGGUGUGUGAGAAGCUUCCCAGUCCAUUAGACAUAACAGCAGAGAGGGUGGAGAAGUUGAUGAGCGUUGGGACGCGUCAAUUCGAUUCAUUGCCUGAGCAGACACAAGAGCUGAAGAGAGCAUUUCUCCAGUGCUCCAGUGGGGACGAUCAGCCGGUCAUUGUCUUUGUGUCCAAGAUGUUUGCUGUGGACAUCAAGUCUUUGCCUCAGAACAAACAGAGGCCACUCACCCAGGAAGAGAUUGCCCAGCGCAGGGAACUGGCUAGACAGAGACAUGCAGACAGGAUGGCAGCCAAUCAGCAAGCAGAAAGCAUCGAGGGCUGCAGCCAACCAGGAAGUACACCACAAGCAGCUCAACCUGCUGGAGAUAAUAGCACUGGUGGUGAGUGCAUCUCAUCCCAAAUGGAGAAUCUGAUGGUCAAAGAAACAAAGUCGGAGGAGGAAGGCAAGGAGACGUUUGUGGCCUUUGCCAGGGUUUACAGCGGGGUUGUCAAGAGAGGGCAGAAGGUGUUUGUCCUGGGACCCAAGUAUGAUCCAGCCCAGGGUUUGAGCUUGCUGUCAGAGGGCUGUGUUGCGUCGGACUUGCUGCCUGCUGUGCCUCACCUGUCCUGCUGCUCAGUUGACAGCUUGUACUUGCUGAUGGGCAGAGAGCUGGAGGAACUGGAGGAAGUGCCCUCAGGAAAUGUCCUGGGUAUCAGGGGUCUAGAGGAGUAUGUGUUGAAGUCGGCUACCCUCUCCACCUCCCCCGCCUGCCCCCCCUUCACCCCCCUGAACUUUGAGGCCACACCCAUCGUACGUGUGGCCAUCGAACCCAAACAUCCAAGUGAGAUGCCUAAGCUGGUGCGGGGGAUGCGUCUUUUGAACCAAGCCGACCCAUGCGUAGAGGUUCUGAUCCAGGAGACGGGAGAACAUGUCAUGGUCACCGCUGGGGAGGUCCACUUACAGCGCUGCUUGGAUGACCUCCAACAGAGGUUUGCCAAAAUUGAAAUCAGUGCAUCCAAGCCCAUCAUUCCAUUCAGAGAGACAGUGGUGCCUCCCCCUAAGGUCGACAUGGUCAAUGAAGAGCUUGGCAAGCAGCAGAAGGUGGCCAUCAUUCAUCAGGAUAAAGAAGAAGCAUCCCAGAGCCGUUUGUCUGACAAUGUCCAUCUAGACUCCACUGGUCUGGUGACUGUCACCACUCCCAACAGAUUGGCCACUGUGGGGGUCCGUGCUAUCCCCCUACCUCAGGAGGUGACCUGUCUGUUGGAGGGUAGCUCGGAGCUGGUGAGGACUCUGGAACAGAUGAAUAUGUCCCUUAGGGAGGGGAAGACUCUGCAGGUGAGCCCCAGGACACUGGAGGCGAUCGCUGGACUCAAGGCCCAGCUAGAAAACCUGCUGAAGGGGAGGAAGUGGAGAAAUGCAGUGGAACACAUUUGGGCUUUUGGACCACGCAGGUAUGGACCAAACAUCUUACUAAACAGCAUUGAUGGCUAUCAGCGGCCAUCUGUGUGGCAAUGUCUGGACAAGACAGUGAAAGGAGGUGAGGCGGCUCUCAGAGACUUUGACAAUAGCAUUGUCAGUGGCUUCCAGUUGGCCACUCUGUCAGGGCCAAUGUGUGAGGAGCCCCUAAUGGGAGUCUGCUUCUCUAUGGAGAGAUGGGAUAUUCAACCCUCCCUCAAGCCUCAGCCACAGCAGCAGGACUCACUGGAGGAAGACGCUAUUCCCCAUGAGGCCUUAGCAGAUGACAAGGCCAUGGUGGAGUCAAACGCUGGAGGAGGAGAAGAAGAUGGAGUGGGUUUACAGAAUGAGAGCAAGACAGCAGGGCAGAGCCAUGCCAAGCGCAAGCCAGAGGCUGUUUCUGUGGAUUGUUAUGGGCCAGUGUCUGGUCAGCUGAUCGCUGCUGUGAAGGAGGCCUGCCGCCAUGCCUUCCAGGCCAAGCCCCAGAGGCUCAUGGCGGCCAUGUACACUUGUGAAAUCAUGGCCACUGCUGAAGUACUUGGCCGGGUGUACAGUGUGCUGGGAAAGAGGGAGGGACGUGUCCUCCAUGAAGAAAUGAAGGAAGGGACUGAUGUGUUCCUCAUCAGGGCCGUCCUUCCUGUUGCUGAAAGCUUUGGAUUUGCUGACGAGAUCCGCAAGAGGACUAGUGGGUUGGCCAGCCCACAGCUGGUUUUCAGCCAUUGGGAGGUCAUCAACAGUGAUCCUUACUGGGUUCCCACCACAGAAGAAGAGUACCUGCACUUUGGGGAGAAAGCUGACUCUGCUAACCAGACACUUAAGUACAUGAAUGCUGUGCGCCGGCGCAAGGGUCUCUAUGUGGAGGAGAAGAUUGUGGAACAUGCAGAGAAACAGCGAACACUCAGCAAAAAUAAAUGAAGACCCACUAUGUACCUUCGCUAGCUACAACUUCUAAAACUGUCUGUCCUCCUGACAGACUCAGGAACUUCCAUUCAUUUGCUCUUGAGAUGCAGACCCUCUCAGUGUCAUGACAUACAGAAAGAGCUACACUGUUCCGUGCACUAAUGCUUUUUACCCCUAGAUCAUUUUCAAUUUGAUAGAAAUGGUUUAUCUAAAUAAUAAAUCCUAGAAUAAAUCAGCGGAAGCACCUUAAUUGCCAUUUCCCAAUUCAUUGCUGCACACUUGUGUCAAAUUCCAUUCAAGACCUUGGACUGUUCAUUCAGCAUGUGGAUUCAGUGGUACAUACAUGCUGUACAUAUGCGAUCAAACACAGAGUCCUGUAAUAUGUCAUACACCCAGAAAGCCAGCGAAUAGCCUUACUGUUUGCCCACACCCAUCCAAGUGCACUUCAGGGCUUCAGCCAGCCCCAACCCUGUUUGAUAGUCAGCCACUAAUGGCUCCCAUCCUCCUUGUCAGAGACCCUCAGUAAUGCAACUGAUCGGGUGGGCCUGUUCCGCAUGAGAGUCAGUUACAGUCAUGCAUAAUUGAAGAGCCCCUUUUCCCAGCAAACCACACAGUUUUGCUUUAGUCAAGUGGCUUGAAUUAAUUCUGCAACCCCCCUCCCCUCACACACACACACACA